CGCUAGAAACAGGCCGGGCGAUCGAUCUCCUGGUCGCCAUGCCUCAAAAAAAAAAAUCUCCUGGUCGCCGGUUCGUCGCCGCCGCCGGCUGUUCCUCACACUCUUGCGGAUCCUCGCGCCGACGCUACGUCAGCGACCAGUCCCUGCUAGCCCCCCACCCGAGCCUGCUUCGCCGCCCCUCGUCUCCAGACCAGCUCCGCCGGUGAUGGCGACCGAGCAGCCGUCGGAGAAGAAGAAGCCGCCGCCGGAGAAGAAGGCCCCGCUCCCCAAGGUGGUCACGCUCAACAAGGCGCUCAAGUUGGUCCAGACAUGGGUGGACGGAAUGAGUGCGCUGGAGCCGGAGGAACUGAACGAUAAAGAUUUCGAGGGUCGGCCGUCAGGGCUUGGUCUUGGUGCGAGAGUGGCGCCAAAUGCGAAGCGGGCAGCUCCCACUGAUCCAGUGGAGAGGAGGUUGCUCGGAAAGGUGAAUGCGCAGAAGAGGAAGUCUGCGGAGGAGGAUAAAAUAAAUACCCAGGGGGUGGGGGCGAGCGACGAUGAUAGCGGUGAGCCUCAAGGUAGAACCAGUGCUUGUAGCAAGAAGAGGGAAUUGCCUUCUGUUACAUCAAUGCCGCUAGGGAAGAAGGCCAAGUGACAGUUUUCUGUAUGCAUGAAAUACAUGGCUUGAUGUUCCAGUCA